AUGUCUUUCAAGACAGAUGGUAACUAUUUCAUCGAAAGCUAUUGCUAUAAUUUACCGAACUUGGGUCAAUAUCCGUCAGGAAGAGUAAUUGAUUGCCGAACUUUGGGGUCAUAUAAACCUCUUCAGGUUGAUUCAGCUAAUGAAUUUACGUUCUAUAAACAAAUAUGUUUGUCAAUUGGUUUCGCCUCCAGAACCAUUAAUAGUUCACUACGAAGAAUAUGUCCAAUAAGAAAAGGCAGCGAUAAAUUUAGUCUAAGUGAAAUUAUGGAAUCCGAGCUGAAUCUGAGUACAAUUCUUUGUAAUAACAGUUUUGGAUCAUAUCCUUGCAAUGAUACCUUGGUUGAAAUGGAGGAAACGAAAGUCCCGCUCUACGUUGUGGUGCCCGUCUUAUCCUUAUUUUGUGUUGUGGGUACGAUCGGGAACGCAACCUCUUUUUAUAUUUAUUUUAAGCGUCGCGAUAAGUCGACGUCGGUGAUUUUUAUUCUUGCCUUGGCCGGAACGGACUUCCUUACCUGCUUGGUUAUAAUACCAUAUACGAUCACUUUUGAAUUAUUGGGAUAUAAUUUAGUGUACGACGUUCUGUGCAAACUCUAUUUGUUCUUAAUCACGUCGAAUAUUCCGUUCUCGGCGUAUAUCAUGACGGCCAUUGCGUUCGACCGCUACUUUUGCAUUUGUCACCCGUUUUUUCACGCAUUCACCGUGCGACGAGCCAAAAUUAUUGUGUGGUGCCUUGCGUGUUUAGCUUGUACAUUUGGAGUGUUAACUUCUCUGCAGUAUGGGAUGUAUUAUCCUACAGACGUAAUAGUGGAUUCGAAUGGAACAAUCGUAGACGCUGUUCUCCUCAGCAGGAACAUGACGGACAACGCGACGGCGAUAGAUCCGGCACCAGAAGUCGCUAACGUCACAACUGUGCUUGAAUUUUCACAAAUCUGUUUCCGGAGCUCCUUGAUUAUUGGAGGCGAUGCUUUUAAUUUGUAUUAUCAGCGAAUUUAUACGGCAUCGUUUAUCGUCGCUUUUGUCAUCGUAGUAGUCCUCUACUGUAUGAUAUAUCGCUCUAUUCUGAUGCGUCGCGCCAAAAAAGCCAAACGCAAGAAGAAAAACAACUAUACUAGUGUUGCAGUCACUGACUGUGGCACUCCAGCUACGGUCACAACUACCACAACUACGUUAAAUGGAAAUUCUGCUACGAAACCGUUACAGCCCAAACAAAAGAGUAAGAGACCCAGUACGGUUAAGGACACAACCCUGUACGCCAACAUCAAAACAGCGCUUAUGUUGUUCGUUGUUACUAUUGUGUUCGUUAUAGCUUUUCUCCCCGCGUUUUUAAUGACAUUGGACUUGAUUCCUUUCAACAUGAUUGUGUUCUAUAUGUAUUUUUCUUACAACGUGGCCAAUCCGAUUAUUUACGCGUUCAUGAAUCAAACUUUUAGAGAAGACUUGAAAAAUAUUACUAAAGUGUGUAAAUAA